AUGACUCCCUGGUUCAAUUUCACUACGUUCGAUAUAUUUGGUGAUCUGGGCUGUGGUGAGUCGUUUGAUUGCCUUCAGCACUCCCAGUACCAUCCGUGGAUCGCUCUAUUAUUUAGUAGUGUCAAAGCUGCCUCAUUCGUUGCAGCUGCGUGGUAUUACACCCUGGUGGAGUCACUGUUGAUGAAAUGUAUUCCACGGUCCUUGGAGGAAACGGGUAAACGUCAUUACCAGCACAUUGUGGACAAGGUCGACCGGCGUCUUCACUGGGAACUCCAGAGAUCAGACAUCAUGUCUCAUCUUGUGGACGAAAGUGGUCAUGUGGCAUUUCCGCGCGAGGAGCUUGACUCGACCUUCAUGAUUCUGACCACAACCAGCAGUGAGACCACUGCUACUGUUCUAACAGGUAUUUUGGCCUAUUUGGUAAAUCAGCCCGAAACGAUGGGACGUCUUGUCCGGGAUAUCCGUCAGGGGCUCAAGUCCGAUCCGGAGAUUAGCCUGUCGGCGGCCUCGGAUCUUACGUAUCUCACCGCGGUCAUUCAAGAAGGGCUACGACUUUGUCCUCCAGUGCCAUGGAUGCUUCCCCGCCAGGUACCACCUGGAGGGAGCAUCGUGGUGGGACCUGGUUGCCGGGAGGGGUUUACAUCUGUUUCUCUCCAAGCCUACACCCUCAACCGGGACCCCUCUCGUUUCUAUGCCUCCGCGUCUUUCAUCCCCGAGCGAUGGCUAUUGGAUGCCUCGGUCAACCCAAACUCGCCCUAUUACCACGACGACCGCUGGGCUGUAAAGCUGUUCAGUAUCGGGCCACGGUCUUGCCUGGGCCAGCACCUCGCAUGGGCAGAAAUGAGGCUAAUCCUAGCUAAGCUACUCAUAAACUUUGACUUUGAGGCUAUUGACGGGAAACAGUUGCAAUGGGAGGAUUUGCGCACAUUUUUGUUGGUCGAGAAGCGGCCAUUGGAGGUUCGAGUGCGACUGGCCCAGCAUGAUUAG